AUGACUGAGGCCCGGCGAAAGGCUCAUCACGUCCACGAAACGAAGGUGCUGAGCUAUGGACACCUUGGUACCGCCGCUUAUGAUGACCAGAACCACAAAUGGACGUUCCUGCGCCAGUACCAGACCCAACAUGGUGACGGUCUGGAGGCGCGGGAGAGCCAAACGAACUCUCCUCCUUUCUUGUUGGCAGAUGAAAGAACCUGGAAUGCUGAGCCAGACUAUGUUCAAGCAUCUGGACCAGCACGGGACGCUAGCCUUGGUCAUGGACUACAGAAUUCCUUCCUGAAGCGAGUCCCUGAUGUAGCCUUGGCUGCUGUCGAAUCACCCACACUGUCAAAGAGCAUCGCCACAGAGCUCAGCUAUCGGCCAUCAGCAAGCAUCCUCGCUUUUGGACAUGCCCGACGUGCAUCAGACCAUAGCGUGCACAACAAAGCCCCAUAUAUACCGAUUGUCGCAAUUCGAUCCUGCUCAAGCAACGAAACUCUUCAGUUCUUCGUCAUCGAGGCGGAUAAAAUUCGAAUCCCAAGUAUAGCUGAUCUGUCGGACCUGGGCGCAGUGCCCUUCAUCGCGCAUAAAGCAUCGGGAUGCUGGACCGGCUCCACCGACAGAAUACUCCAGGUGACCUCCUCCAGUUAUUCCCAGGGGACGCAGUUUCUUGUUGUCAAGCCAAGCGGUACAACCGUCCUACGGCCAGUGCUGUCAAAGUCGAGAGCAUCAGAAGAGCUUAUAGAACCAUUUCCAAUCAUCACUAUCCCACAAUCAAGGACGGGAUCCCAACCUCAUGCAUUCGCCGCUUUCAAUCCGCAUGAUCAGUGUCUGGUGGCGCUCGUAGACACCAGCGGGCAGUGGAGCAUUUGGAAGCUCACAGGUAGGCGAUUAGGGUCUGCCCGCAAUUCAUACCAGGCAACACUGAAAGCUUCAAAUGCGCUCGGCAGUAUUGAGCAUCAAUUUCGGUUCUCUGGCGCUUCGACAUCUAGGGAUACCUGGUAUCAAGUUUGCUGGUUCACGAGCCGCGAAGGCAUUAUGGACAGACUCUUGGUUUACAAUCGACGUUUUGCGGCAGCCUUUGACCGAACGGGAUCAUGCUUAGGUGGUGUCGACAUGCGUCUGGGUUCCCAGGCGGACCAAAACUUGAUCCUUGAUGUCAAAAACAGCAGUCGUCGAAGCAGCCAUGUAUUUAUCCUGACCACGUCACGCUUGUUGAUAUUCGACUCCUCACAGAGCAAUGAGGACGACAGGAGCUCCGGCGAAGCGCUCAAACUGGCGUGCUCCUGGAAUCAUUACCGAGAUCGAGCAGAUUGGAGUCUUCGUAUGGCCAUACUUGAGUCCUCGGAAGAAUCGUGGGUGCUGCUUUAUUCAAACACAAGCCAUUUAGCUAUCAUAUACCGCUUCGGACAAGCAGACGGGCAGUCAACAAUAAUGUCCAAGCAGGAUCCUUCAACCUUUCAACUGCCACAUCAGCUCAAAGGGCGCAUGAAAGACGUCGAUGAUAUUACGAUGUGUCCCGUAGCCUUUUCAGGCCAAAGUCAGUCUGUCGGUGUUAUUGAAAGUGGCCUUAUCAAGCUCGUCGCGUGCUUAGCUACAGGAGAGGUCAUCGAAGCGUUGUACAAGCAUGAACUUGAUCAAUUUAACCUUUCAAGUCAUCCAACGAAGACGUUCUCAAAUUUGUCCAUACCGCGAACGCUGAACCACCCAAUCAGUUCUAAAUAUGUCAUGGUGGAUGAUGAUAUAGACGAUUUUAUUGUGCCAGAUGGAAAAGGAACAGAUGACUUCGGUGGAAAGCCCGACUCUGAAAAAAAUACUCCGGAAGAUGUGCAAUAUAUUCCUCCCAGUCCUCGACACUGGCAGCGUCUUUUACAAUAUGAAGCGCUAAAGAACAAUGACAACGGGAAUGUGUCUUUCGGAUCGGCCCUGCAACAAGCCAUCGAGCAAUUCGAAAGCCGGAAUGAGGAGAACAAGGUAACGUUUAUCCAGCUGAUCUCAGACCUUGCCGAUAGGUGUCGGAUCACGGAAUUGGAACAUGAUUCUCAGCUAGCAGAUCAAUGGCUUGAUACUCUCGAGCUUCAGGGCGAUAUCAAUGUCCAACUAGCUGCGCAUGUUGUGGGAGGAGUGCCCAUUUCAUCGCGCAGGCAUCUACUUCUUGACCUUUACGAGGGUCUGGUCAGAGCAUAUCUCGGAUCACUGUCCGACCAGGUCACGGAUCGAGGUCGGGUCAAUCGCGAAAGGCUGAUCCGCCAAAUAGUAGGGGAUUGCUUCCUUGGGUCAUUCGUGCUGACCCCCGCGGCAACUCUGUCUGUCUCUCCACGGCGAUCCUGGUUACAGACGCAGGACAGUCAAGCUCUGUCUCCUUCACAAGGUCUGGACUCGGAUGAUCCGGAGAGCUCCCAUGCAGUGACACCAGAGGCUCUUUUGGAGACAGAGGCACCGGCCGUCAGUCGCCUACGCAAAUAUGCAUUAUUUCGUCACGAGAUGCCGCCUCCCUUGCUCGACUAUCACGCGAAUAUCUCCAAUAUCCUUGCCCACCUUCCCGAGUCGAUUGAGGAAAAUCCCGCGGACUAUUCCUAUCAGCAAACUAAUCAGAAGAUGAAGCUUGCACAUGAGGAGAUUGCGGCAGAGUCACUGAAUCCAAGGGAGAGAAAGAAGGCUCUCCGGUCGGCGGCUCGUCUCCAGCGUAAACUAGAAAAAACUCAACUGAUCAGUCAAGAAGUCGCGACGCGACGAAACCUGUUGCCCGGCAUCGGCAGCGGACCAAAGGCCUCCGAUUUCCCUCAACGAGAGGUCCAAAGCAGUCAGCCAGUCGCACCCAGUUCGAGUCAAACAAUUGGCCCAGCGCUGAGUAUGACGCAGCCAGAGAGAGGUGCUUAUGGGACCAGACAAGCAGAGAAAAAGGGAAAGAAAGGGGCAAAGAGACGGGCAGGCUUUUAG